CAUAUCGGGACACCCUGUGCUCGCACGUGUUUUGAAAAAGUCAAAACGAGGUUUUCGGUGCGACAAAAAACCAAAAAUACCCCAAGUUUUGUGCGAAAAAUCCGAAAAUGGACGAUGGAAUAUGCCGCAUAAAGGCAGAGUAUCUAAUUCCUCGCACCGUUUCCGAAAAGCCGGCUGAAAGUUUGGAACCAACCGUGCCGGUUACUGCGGAGCCGGAUAACAAACCGGCCGGAAAUGAAGAUGGACCGCCGGCGGAGAAGAAGGGCCGCUACGAGAGCGAAGGAAAGAAGAAAAAGAACCGUGGCCAGAACAAAGGCCGGCAGCUACCGUUCAAGGAGGAUGAUUCGCUGCGUCUCUGUAAAUCGCUGCUGGAUGGUCCUCAAGAGGAGGGCAGCGGCAAAAAGUGCCCCAACCCCAACUGUCGCUAUUCGCACGACCUCGAGCGGUUUCUGCAGCUUAAGCCGAAGGACAUCGGCGAAAAAUGCUACAUUUACUCGGUGAAAGGCUACUGUAACUUUGGCGUAACGUGUCGCUUCGCUAGUUCCCAUUUAGAUGACCAGAACCGGAACAUCUACCCAGCCGAUCAUAAAACGGAUGACGAUUCGAUGCUGGUUUCCACCUGGCUUAGUACAGAUCUUCAACAUAUCCUACGCAAGAAGAAGUACAACUUCAACAAAUCGACCAAGAUUGUAAAUAAGUUCGAAAGGCUACAGCAGGAAGAGCGAGCGGAAAAGGCCAAGGCACCAGCAGCGGAACCUUCCAACGAUGGCGAUGCCGAAACUGCCUCAGAAGCGGUAGAGAAAAGGGCUGAGACCGAAACCCCAACAGCAGUACCAACUGGUCCAGUAACGGACGAAGAUUUGAUCAUCCUGCGCAGUGCGGAACGGAAACGGAUCAAUUUCCGCGAUAAGCUGUACCUUAGCCCGCUGACAACGGUCGGAAAUUUGCCGUUCCGUCGCAUCUGCAAAGAGUAUGGCGUAGACAUUACGUGCGGCGAGAUGGCGUGUGCCAUACCGAUCAUAAACGGUGCGAUACAGGAGUGGGCCCUCACGAAACGCCACGCCAGCGAGGACCUGUUCGGGGUGCAGCUGUGUGGCCACCAGCCAAAGCUAGUGACGUACGCAGCGCAAAUCAUCGCCGAGAAGGCCGAUGUCGAUUUCAUCGAUCUCAACAUUGGCUGUCCGAUCGAUUUGAUCUUCAACCAAGGUGGUGGCAGUGCGUUGCUGCGGCGCCAGAACGUCCUGCAGGUGAUGGUACAGAGCUGUUCGCGGCUAUUGGCGGACUAUCAGAAAGAGUUCACGGUCAAAACGCGUAUCGGAAUCUACAACAACAAACCGAUCGCCCAUGAAUUGGUGCCCCGGUUCGAAGAAUGGGGAGCCAGCUUGAUAACGAUCCAUGGGCGUACGAAGGAGCAGCGCUACACGAAGCACGCCGAUUGGGAGUUUGUGGAGCGUUGUGCCGCUCAAGCACGAUCCGUUCCCGUCUACGGAAAUGGGGACAUCUACUGCUAUGCGGACUACGAGUCCGCAAGGGAACGCUGUCCGAAUGUGGGCGGUGUUAUGGUGGGCCGUGGGGCACUCAUUAAGCCGUGGGUGUUCCAGGAGAUCAAGGAGCGCAAAAAUCUCGAUCCGUCCAGCAGCGAACGAUUCGAGAUGCUCAAGCGCUACGUCAACUAUGGUCUCGAGCACUGGGGUAGCGAUACGAAGGGUGUGGAGAAUACGCGCCGCUUUCUGCUCGAGUGGCAAUCGUUUCUGUAUCGGUACGUACCGUACGGGUUGCUGGAACGGCCGCCCCAACGCAUCAAUCAACGGCCGGAAGCGUUCCGAGGCCGGGAUGAUCUGGAAACACUGAUGGCAUCACCAAAUUGCAACGAUUGGGUUAAGCUAAGUGAAAUGUUACUUGGCCCCGUUCCAGAAGGAUUUAACUUUGUACCGAAACAUAAAGCCAAUGCGUACUAAAGAACCCCAGACAGAGAUUACGAGUAAUACGACGAUUUGUAGCGUUCAUCGUACCGGUAAGGUAGGUAACAUUAUACCUCACAGUCCUCGUAGUGUAAAUUGUGACUCGAUAUGAACACUGUAAAUAAAUCGCGUUUAUCGAAUUGGUAGCUUCAAUGAUUACCAUCACCGAUCGUUA